AAAUGAUUUUGUCUCAAACCCUGCAGAGGCUCUCUAUUCCUGUUCUUUGACUGACUAAUGUGUUUCAUUUUGUUUUGUUUUUAAAUACUUGUUACUUAAAAAAACCUUCUGAUCAUAAGAAACCACCCUGAAGUUCUUCUGUAACUUUUUAUUUAGGCUUUUUCUCACAUCACUAUCAGUUAGCCAGGAGGGACAGACAAAGCACUCAUUGGUGCCCUCUCUGCAACAGAACACGGCUCAGGGGCCUGGCUGGAAACUGACGUGGCAUGGAAAAUCUCUGCUCAGUUUUUUGUAGUACUUUGUAGGUUCCUCAGAGAGCUGCACCACUCUUGCUGAGUUUGUCGCCUGAAAUCAUCGUGGGUUUGAUGCCUCAGUGCCAACAUGAAUAGGAAGUUUCUUGCUUUUUUUAACUUGGAGUGUGAUAUUCUUUCUUCUUUGGAUUUAUGGCUAAUGGUAAACAGCAUCUAAAACAAAAUCUGCCUUUUUCCCCGCCUUGGACAGAGAAAUAGUUCUGAAGGGUUGUAUAUUCCCCCCUCUCUUUUUUUUGCCUCCUGCUGUCUUCUACUUUACUGUUCCCUGUCUUACACCACCAGAUGUUAUUAUGGGGUGUGGACUAAGAAAACUGGAAGACCCAGAGGAUAGUAGCCCUGGAAAAAUAUUUUCAACCUUAAAGAGACCACAAGUAGAGACAAAGACAGAUUCUGCUUAUGAAUACAUACUGCUAGAUUUUACAUUAGAAGGUUCUGAAAAUCCAGAGGUUAUCAAGAUUGACUCCAUUCUGGAUAUUGCAAAAAAGGUGGAUGAAUAUUAUACUAGAGGCUAUGUGGUGAGGGCUGUUCACCCUGUUUUGCUGUCAGUUGGACGAAGAAGGCACUUCCCGGCAAGUCAUAUGUAUCGGGUUAUACUGGCACGUCUCAAAGUGAGCCAAAAGCAUCCACCGUCCAGAGAACAAAAAUAUCCCAGACUUGUGAUUGAGGAGUGUCCUUUAACAUAUGAAAAACUGACAAAUGAAGUGGUAAAGGCACUGUUAGACAAGAUCAAUGAUGCUGCAAAAAGAGGAAUGAAGUUUGUUGGAUUUGUAACACAGCAUUGUCCUCAGUCUAAAAUCUGCAAUGGCACCAACACAGAUGGAAAUACAGAGUCUGAUUCAACACAGUGCAGAUGGAGUCAAGAUCAGAGGAGAGAUGAUUCAGAUGCAGAUGUUAAAACUGAAGCGACAUUGAGUGGUCAGUCCUCUGAAAUUGCAGUGGAAGAAGAAAUUCAGCCAGAUGAUGGGCAUUUGCAAGAGACUGAUGUUCAAGAUGGAAAAGAAGGCAGUCCCAGCUCACCUAAAUUAACAAAAGGAGAAGAUAACAAGUUAUUUACAGUAUUCAAUGUCUUUGAAGAUGAUUCCUCCUCUUGGACCUACCACGAUGGUGUUCUGUCUCUAAAAGUGUCUAGGAAAGGGCCUGUGAUUAGUACUCUGAAUGCUGACUGGCUAGAAUUGACAACUUUUUAUUACAAGCAAGGAUUGUCCUUAAUUGACUCAUUUGUAUGCUGGGAAGCCUCUAAAACUGACUACUUGCCUAAAUCAUUAGAAGGUUUAUUUGUAUAUGAAGAGGAAAUUUCAAGAGUCCCAGGUUUAAACCGGAAAGGAAAUGAUGCAAUUGUUGUGGAACAAUGGACUGUAAUUGAGGGCAGUGAAAUCAAAACAGAUUAUGGACCAUUACUACACACUUUGGCUGAAUUUGGUUGGCUUUUAACAUGUGUGCUGCCUACACCAAUCAUCCGCCUGGACAGUGAGGGAAAUCUGGCCACUAAACAAGUAGUUUUCCUUCAGAGACCUGUCAUGUGGAAUGCAACUGCCCAUAUGCCUGAGGCUAAAAAUGUUGGGCUCUCUGUAACCAGAUAUGCACAUAAGAGGAAGAAAACUGCCAGGCAACUGAGAGAAGAAAAAAGCAAAGUUUCAAGCAGAAGUGUUGAAUUAGAUGCAGCUACUUCCCAAUUUACAGAAAACCCACAUCAUGCAGAUGAGUUUCACCUAUCACCUUCUACACAGAGUUGGGCCAAGGAGGGAUCUGGCCAGUAUGGAGAUUUUCCUGGAUUCAGCAGUAGUGAUGGCAUGAUAAGGGAGCUGGAUGAUGGACAAUUUGACCAAGAAGAUGGAGUCACUCAGGUCACCUGCAUGUGACCAGAAACUGGAUUAGAGGAACCUGUACAUAUUUCAAAGAAAUGUAAAAAUAGAUUUUACUUUCUAUAUGCACUGGCAGUUCUCUUCUUUUCCUUAGCCAAAUAUAGUGUAUAUGGUAUUUCCUCCUGCCCAAAACUUUGUAUUUUGUAGCCACAAUUCCCUUUCUGUUGUAUCUAGCAGAAGAGUUAACUUUUGAGUUAUGUCUAUUUUACUGGGAUGCAGCAUUCCCAAAACAGCACCACAUGCUACUGAUGAUGAUCUCAGAACUGGAGACAAAAACAACUGCAGAUAGUGUGUUGGCUUUUGCUGUCUAUUGAAAGACAUAACAUUUUUAAAACAGAUUGUGGAAAUAUGAUACAAUAGCAUUUUCCUAACAUGCUAUUAUAAAUGUUACAAAGGUUAAACGCAAAUUAAAAUCACACAUAAAGAACUUGUGUCCUU